UUGAAUAUCUGAGAAAUUCAUGCCUCAUUUUGGAGCUUCUGAGAUUGAUUUGUGGUUGUAGCUUUGUUUGUUGUGCUUUAAUGUUUAAGAAAAGACACACCCCUUCUUCUCUGGCAAGGGAAUUGUUAGCAUUCCAGCCAUUGCUUCUUCUGUUCUUGUUCAGCUUGCACCAAAACACUGUGCAAUGCCAGGGAAGGUUGAGUAAACACAUGUCUUCUGAGCCUCCCUCACCGUCUAGGCCAUCACCAUCACAAUCAGAAUACAAGGAUGACCCUAGGAAGCUCAUUGUUAGCAUCGUUUUAGGAGCAGUCACUGGACUAUUUGGUUCUUUUCUCUUUGCACUUGUAGUUCGUUUUGUUGUUCAGUAUCUGAACCGUACACCAAUCCUCAAGGGACCUGUUAUAUUCUCCCCAAAAAUUGUACCCAAGACACUCCAAUCAGCUUUGGCAAAAGAAAACUGUUUGCUUGGUUCGAGUCCAAAUGGGAAAUACUACAAAACGGUGCUUGAUAAUGGGCUUACAAUUGCAGUCAAAAGGCUAACACCCUUUGAAAGCAAUUCCCCAGAGAUCAGGAGAAAAUCAGUGAAGAGGCAAAUACAGAUAGAGUUAGAGCUUCUUGCCAGCCUAAGACAUAGGAACUUGAUGAGUUUGAGAGCCUAUGUUCGUGAACCUGAUGGGAUCUCUUUGGUUUAUGACUAUGUAUCCACUGGGAGUCUUGCAGAUACAUUGAAUAGAUUGAGGGAAAAUGAGUUGCAGCUUGGUUGGGAAGUUAGGCUAAGAAUUGCUGUUGGUGUGGUGAAGGGUCUUCAGUAUCUUCAUUUCACUUGUGUGCCUCAGAUUCUGCACUACAAUUUGAAGCCUACAAAUGUCAUGUUGGAUGCAGAGUUUGAACCCAGAUUGGCAGAUUAUGGAUUGGCCAAACUUCUACCCAACUUGGAUAGAGGGACAUCUGUCAACAGCCCCCCUGAAUGUUUCCAUAAUUGCAGCAGGUACACAGACAAAAGUGACAUCUUCAGUUUUGGCAUGAUAUUAGGUGUUUUAUUAACGGGUAAGGACCCUACAGAUCCAUUCUUUGGAGAAGCAGCCAGUGGUGGAAGUUUGGGGUGUUGGCUGAGACACUUGCAGCAAGCAGGUGAGGCACGAGAAGCUCUAGAUAAGAGUAUUUUGGGGGAAGAAGGAGAAGAAGAUGAAGAUGAGAUGGUAAUGGCUCUCAGGAUUGCUGCUGCAUGCUUAUCUGAUAUGCCUGCUGACAGGCCUUCCAGUGAUGAGCUUGUUCACAUGCUAACGCAACUGCACAGUUUUUGAAGCAAACACUGAUUCUUCCCUUUUCUAGAUUUUCUUUUCUUUUCUAUGAUAAGAUGAUUGUUUUGCAUGAUCUUGAUUUUCAUGGUGUGGUUGCCAAUCAUUUUCCUUCUCUUUAUUUUUCUUUUGGCUGAUU